AACCGGCGCGCGCUGUGAAAAUGGCUGUGUCUGUAUUAUAAAUAUAGCGUUAAAAACGUGAAGAGAAUGAAAACGGCGAAAGACAAGAAAAGAAAGCACUCUCGCAGGGGGUCGGCUGAUGGAGCCAGAAAAAGGAGAAGCACAGAAUCCAGCGUGGAGGAUCCUAAGGAGGAGGUGAAUCACGUGCUGGAGGUUCAGGAAGAGCCAAGCGACAUGGAGGAAGGUGCGCUGGACCUGAGCGUGCCUUUCAAACCCAUCAGCGAUUACGUGAACGACAGACAGGAGAUGCUCGAGCAGUGCUUCCACGUCCUCGGCCAAGACAAGCUGAAAAAGAUGCUGCCGGUCGAGCUGAAGGACUGCACGUUCACCGAGAUCAAGGCUCUCUGCUGGGAUCAACUGCAGCAGCUGUCCGAGAACAAUCUGCUCCAGAUACUGGAGGGUAAAGAGGUGACGGCUAACGCAGAAACUGAGGAAAAAGAUAUUAAAAGAACUUCAGUGGACAGUCAGCAGGACAAUAAUGUGGAUUCCACAUCAUCUAUGAAAGAGUCUGCUGAAAGAGAAGAUAAGCAAGGUUUAUCCGGAGAGGAGAGCGACGUUCUAAGCAUUAACGCUGACAUAAAUGACAGUGACAUCGAAGGCCACGAAGACCCCAAACCUCAAGAAGUGGAAGUCCCCGCUCCUACAGUGAUGCCCCAGCACCACCAAGCCCCACCUCCUGAACCGGACCUCCAAUCAGACGAGCCAAAGCUGGAGCUUCAGCGUGACAUCGACAAGAGCGUCAGCGAGAUCCUUGCUUUAAGUAAUCAGGGUAAUGACGAGGCAGAGCUUGAGCUGUGUUCGCAGCCGGUUGCUAUGGAAGAGGCUCCUGCAUCACUUCCUGUUGCAGCACCAUCAGCACAGCAGCUGGCACUUCUGGAAUUAGAGAUGAGAGCGAGAGCCAUCAAAGCUUUAAUGAAGGCCCAGGAGGUGAAGAAAUAAACUUUGCUUGCCGUCAGGUCUAAAGCCAUAUUGGCUUCUGUAAUUUUGUCCAAUGAACAUAGGCAGCCAUAUUGGCUUUUUUUGUUGCUGUUGCUUAAUUUUUGUUUUGAGUACUGGUAUAAUAGACGCUUUUUAUUUUAGAAAACAGACACUUUUGUUUGAGUGAACUGUCUCUCACCUUGACCCGUCUUAAAUAAACACAACGUUGAUUCAAAAUGUGUCAGGUUCUUAGUUGUUUGACGUAUUUAUUAUUAUUAUUAUUAUUAUUAUUAUUUAUUUAUUAAUAUAAACAGCACGUUUUAUUGUAUUUUAAACAUACACACUUAUAGUAAGAAUUUAAUAGUUGGACAGUUCUGCUGGCUACUACUAGUUUAGGUAGUGAUUAGUCUGGUGCCUUUAUUGGCCACUAGAGGUCAUUGUUUAACAGAUUUUCCUGUAUUGGCCACUAAAGUGUUAUUGUACUGUAUUUCCAUUUACUAGUAUCCUUUCAUUGAAUUUCUAUUGUCAACAGAAGUCUAGCUGUAGUAGCACAAAAUAAAUUUUGUCAUAAAGGCUG